CCCUCGUUCCUGUUUUGGAAAUAACAAUUCCGGCGUUGUAUUCCUUUUCUACCAAAAACACAAAGAAAGAAAGAUGAGUUCAAAUGGCAAGUCUGCUAAACGUGAGAUCAAGUUCACCAAGCUCUUCAUCAAUGGCGAAUUUGUUGAUUCCAUUUCAGGAAACACAUUUGAGACGAUAGAUCCAGCAACAGAGGAAGUAUUAGCAACAGUUGCCGAAGGAAGAGAGGAAGACGUUGAUUUGGCUGUCAAGGCGGCGCGUGAAGCUUUCGACAACGGACCAUGGCCUCGCAUGUCCGGCGAGGCACGAAGAAAGAUCCUGUUGAAAUUUGCAGACAUCAUCGAUGAAAACGCUGAUGAAUUAGCCACUUUGGAAGUGAUCGAUGGUGGAAAACUCUUUGGUCCUGUGAGAUACUUUGAAGUCCCGAUUUCAUCGGAAACAUUCCGUUACUUCGCCGGAGCAGCCGAUAAAAUCCGUGGAGCGACUCUGAAAAUGUCGAGUAGUAUUCAAGCUUACACAUUACGUGAACCCAUCGGAGUAGUCGGGCAUAUCAUUCCUUGGAAUGGUCCGGCGUACAUGUUCGCCACAAAGGUCGCCCCGGCGUUAGCCGCCGGUUGCACCAUGGUGGUCAAGCCGGCUGAGCAAACGCCGCUUACUGUUCUCUUUUUCGCUCACUUAUCGAAACUGGCCGGAAUUCCUGAUGGUGUAAUUAACGUUGUUAAUGGGUAUGGAAAAACCGCGGGAGCAGCCGUUAGCUCUCAUAUGGACAUUGAUGCGGUUACUUUUACUGGAUCUACAGAAGUUGGUCGUUUGGUAAUGCAAGCUGCAGCAACAAGCAAUCUGAAACCGGUGUCCCUUGAAUUGGGAGGAAAGAAUCCCAUCAUUAUUUUCGAUGAUGCUGAUCUCGAUAAAGCCGCAGAGUUUGCCACUUUCGGAAAUCUUACCAACAAAGGUGAAAUGUGUGUGUCGGGGUCUCGUGUUUUUGUACAAGAAGGAGUCCACGAUGCUUUCGUCAAGAAAUUGGAAGUAAUGGUGAAGCAUUGGGCCACGGGAGAUCCUUUUGAUCUUGCCACUCGUCAUGGACCACAGAACAAUAAACAACAAUAUGAGAAAGUACUUUCAUUGAUCGAGCAAGGCAAGAAAGAAGGUGCAACCGUGGUGACUGGCGGUAAGCCAUUCGGAACCAAAGGUUUCUACAUCGAGCCAACUCUAUUCACAAAUGUUACGGAUGAAAUGACCAUUGCAAAGGAAGAAAUAUUCGGCCCCGUUAUCUCUAUCCUCAAAUUCAAGACUGCGGAAGAAGUGAUAAAGAGAGCAAAUGCGACAAAAUACGGACUUGCGUCAGGUGUAAUGACGAAGAAUAUUGAUGUUGCAAACACGGUUUCGAGAUCACUUAGAGCGGGUGCGGUGUGGAUCAACUGUUACUUAGCACUAGAUAGGGAUGCACCUCAUGGAGGCUAUAAAAUGAGUGGAUUCGGUAGAGAACAAGGAUUGGAGGCUCUUGACCACUAUCUUCAAAUUAAAACCGUGGCCACGCCCAUAUACAACUCACCAUGGCUCUAAGCUUUUCGAGAAUAGUUUUGUGAUGAAAUAAAUGGACAAAAUAUGUUUGUUGUGUUAUGGUUCGUUUAUUGAAUAAUUUCAACUAAUGUAUGAGUUUUAAAUGCAAUGCAUAUUUUGGUUCAUAUAAA